AUGAAGAAUUAUACUUCAAAGGUGAAGAAGAAGUUAAUGGACUAUUAUGAAGGAGUUCCUGUAACACAAAUCCAUGGCUGUAUGGGUACUAAAAUGGUUGAUGUUGAUAAUUUUCCAACAGUUAAAGACCUUCAGCACGAGGUUUACAAGGAAAGACGUUUGAAAAUGGAAGGUGGUGAUGCCGCUGCCAUGAUGGCGUACUUUGAUCGGAUGCAAGCAGAUAAUCAAAAUUUUUUUAAUGCUCAUCAAUUAGAUGAGGAAGGCCGUUUGAAGGAUGUUCUUUGGGUUGAUUCUAGGAGCCGGGUAGCUUACGAGGAGUUUGGGGAUGUUUGGUUAGCUUGUAUGGGCAAACCCCCGGGUGCUAUAUUGACAGACCAAGCAACCGCUAUGAGGAAGCCCUUGGAAGUUGUGAUGUCCUCUUCUCGCCAUCGGUGGUGUAUUUGGCACAUCAUGAGGAAAAUUCCAGAGAAGUUGGGCAAGUGUAAAGACUAUGCUUAUUUUAAGAGCCCAUUAAAGACUCUCAUAUAUGAGAGCUUUACCUGCGAGGAAUUCGAGGCCCGAUGGCAUGCAUUAAUUGUGAAGUAUCAUCUACAAGGUAAUGACUGGUUGUGUGAUCUGUUUGAGGAAAGGCAUAUGUGGAUUCCGGCUUUUAUGAAGGAGUAUUUUUGGGCUGGAAUGAAGACAACGCAACGUGUGGAGAGCAUAAAUAGAUUUUUCGAUGGCUUUGUUAACAGAACUACGCAACUACAUGAAUUUCUUGAGAAAUAUACUCGGGCGAUGUGGAAGCGUGUAAAAGCGGAAUUGGAUGCUGAUGCAAGAUGUGGCGAAUACCUUAGGAGGCUUGUUAAUGGUUUUAAACUAGAGAAAUUUUUCCAGGAAAUAUACACUGAUGCUAAGUUUGAGGAAGUACAGAAGGAGUGUGCUAGGAUGGGGUAUUGUAACACCAAUGAGAGGCGAGAUAUUGGGAACAAUAAGACGGAGUAUGAACUAGAGGACCGGGUUUGGAUUAUACCAGAAGGCAAGAGUGAGGACGUUAUUACUGACAGGAAGCGUAUAAUCCGUGUGAUAUUUGAUCAUGAGAGUAAGGAGGUCUGUUGUGAUUGCCGCAAAUUCGAGACAUUUGGUAUAUUGUGCAAGCAUGUUAUACGUGUUUUUGACUUGAAUGGUGUUGUUGAUAUUCCCAAUAAAUACGUGCUUGAUAGGUGGAGGAAAGAUAUACCUCGAAAGCAUACCCGAGUUAAAGUUGCCUACCAUGAUCCAGGUGACCAACCACAUGUGCAGCAGCACCGUAAACUGAUGAGGGAGUUCGAAGAUAUUUGUGACGAGGUUUGUGCAGUAGACGAUGCUGACACUAUUGAGAUGGUCAUGGGAAGUCUGAACCAGCUGCGUUUGAAUGUUAAAGAGAGUAGGAAAACCUUCCUUGAAAAGCAAGUAGCACUCCCAUCCUUACCUCCCUCAGAAAAAGGAUCAAACCAGGUGGGAACCCAAGCCCAGACACCAUCAUCGGGUGUACAAAUCAAGGAUCCUAUCACACGCAAGAAGCCUCGUGGCAGGCCUAAAGGGUCAAGGUACAAGAGUUCACAGGAGACCAGAUACAAGACUAAGAAACAAUCUGCCAAUAACCAGAAAACUAAUCUGGUGGUAGAGGGUAAAAGAAAAAGAUCAACACGUCAGCUUAGCGAUGUGUAUGAGGAUUGUGUAGAUCCUGACUGGAUUGAAGAACACAGUGAGUCAGACAACUCGUACGACAACUGA